AUGUCUUAUAUACCGUAUGAGAUUAUUACUCAUAAAAGACAAGUAUGUUCACUUUAUAAAAAAGCAUGCAGGACCAUCGAGGAUUGGUAUCAUUACAGACCGUUAAUGCGAAUUAAUAUUGUGCGCUUAAGAAAACGUUUUGAUGACAGCAAGAAUAUAAUAGAUGUACCAACGGCACAAGAAUUGUUGAAAAAAGGUCAACAUGAGCUAUGGUCUAAUCAACAUUAUUAUCCUCAUCAGUUUCCAUCUUCACCUGGUGGAACAGCGUUUGAUCGAGAUUGUUUUCCUCCCGACUGGGUAUUGGAUUCUUGGCAUCCAUUAGAAAAAGCUCAGUAUCCAAAAUACUUUGCCAAACGAGAAGAACGCAAAAAAGAGUACAUAGCAUUAUGGGAAAAACGCUGGGGAAAGCCAUUCAUUCCACAUGAUGAACAUUAA